AGGAUGUCGGCUUCCAACUGGAGCCUGCUGCACCCCUCCACCUUUGUUCUGAAAGGGGUCCCAGGCCUCCAUGAUGCCCACAUCUGGAUCUCCAUCCCCUUCUGCUCGAUCUACAUCCUGACCCUUCUCGGGAACUGUCUCCUCCUGGUGGUCAUCAAGACGGAGCCAAGCCUCCAUGAGCCGAUGUACUUGUUCCUCUGCAUGCUGGCGGCUGCAGACCUUGUGGUGGCUACCACGACCAUCCCCAAGGCCUUGAGCCUCUUCUGGUUUGGGAAUGGAGACAUCCCCAUCAAUGCCUGCCUUGCCCAGAUCUUCUUGCUCCACUCCUUCUCCACCAUGGAGUCAGGGUUCAUUUUGGCCAUGGCCUUCGACCGCUACAUGGCCAUCUGCAGGCCGCUCAGGCAUGCAGCAGUCCUGACUCCUGGUGUCAUUGCAAGGAUAGGCCUGGCCAUUGUUUUACGAGGGGCCGUACUGCUGUGGCCCCACCCCUUCUUGCUGAAAUGGCUCCCAUAUUGCAGAGGUAACGUCAUCUCUCACACCUACUGUGAGUUCAUGGCCCUAGUGAAAUUGGCCUGUGUGGAGACUACCGCUGAGAGAGCCUAUAGUCUUGUGGUGGCCUUUUUAACAGGGGGGCUGGACCUGAUACUGAUCAUCUUGUCUUACAUCCUUAUUUUCCAGGCUGUAUUCCAGCUCCCUUCCAAAGCAGCACGGCUCAAAUCCCUUGGCACCUGCGGCUCUCAUGCUUGUGUCAUCCUGGUGUUUUACACACCAGCAUUUUUCUCUUUCUUGACACACCGAUUUGGUCAUGUGGCUCCCCACGUCCAUAUUCUAGUGGCAAAUAUGUAUCUGCUUUUACCACCCAUGAUGAACCCCAUUAUCUAUGGGGUGAGGACCAAGAAAAUCCAGCAGGGCGUCUUCAAGAUAUUUUGCAUCAAAGUCGAUAAGUGA